AUUCCUCACUAACACAUGCACUAAAUUGUUCUCUUAUCAUUCUUUUAAUCUCCCUCCUAAUACAUGCAGCCUAUAAAAUCCCAAGCAUAUUAUACAUUCUUCAUCAUCAGAGAGAGUUCAAUACAUUUCUCUAAACUAAUAUCUCUUUUGUUAGCAAAUCUUGCAAGAUGGCUAAGUCACUUGCUCUAUUUCUUGUAUUCAAUAUUCUUUUCUUCACUGUGGUCAGUGCAUGCUACACUUGCCCUAGCCCUAAACCAACACCAACCCCUUCUCCUUCUGAAGGAAAAUGCCCAACUGAUGCCUUAAAACUAGGUGUUUGUGCCAAUGUGCUUAAUGGUUUACUAAAUGUUACACUUGGAACUCCACCUGUAAAACCAUGCUGUAGCCUUCUUGGAAAUCUUGUGGAUUUAGAAGCUGCUGUUUGCCUUUGCACUGCCCUUAAGGCUAACAUUUUGGGAAUUAACCUUAAUAUCCCUAUUUCCCUUAGCUUACUUCUUAAUGUUUGCAGUAAGGACAUUCCAAAGGGCUUCACUUGUCCCUAGAUGGUCUUUUCAACUUUUUCUUUAAAAAUUGUUUUCUGAGUAUGCUUCUGGAUUUUCAUUUGUUUAGCAGUUUAAAGUAUUCAAUUUGUUUCCCAUUGAAUAAGGUUUAUGUUUUGUUUUGGAUUGUUCAUUGUUGGAAAGGACCGCUUGCGCUAUUUGUUUCAUUGUUUGUAUGUCCUGUUGAAUAAAAUAUUUCUAUAUUUAGUUCUUUUUAUGAA